AGAGAGAGGCAGAACAGCUAUCGCUUGCUUUGAAAGCUUCUUGCGGAUUAGAACGAUAAGAUGUAAACAAAUCAGAUUAGCUAACUUUGAUCAGUCUCAGAAAGCUAACGAGCGGCGAAGCAGAUCAAAAUUUUCCACACGCACCAAAAUACCAAUCCAUAUAAGCAAUGUGGAGCGAUUUAAAGAACAAGGUGAUCCUAGUGACCGGCGCCGGGGCUGGCAUUGGUAAUGCUCUGGUCAAGCAGCUAGCCGGCGCUGGCGCCACGGUCAUUGCGGUGGCGCGCAGCGAGGCGCAGCUGAAGGAUUUGGUGGCCAUCGAUGCGCAGCACAUUAAGCCACUGUUGCUCGACUUGCGCGACUGGAACAAGGUGCGUGAGGGCUUGUCCGCUGUGCCGCCGCUCGACGGGCUGGUCAACAAUGCGGGCGUGGCCAUUAUCAAACCCUUCGCUGAGCUGACCGAACAGGAUUUUGAUACGCAAUUCGAUGUGAACAUCAAGGCCGUCUUCAAUGUGACCCAGGCGCUGCUGCCCAAGCUACGCAAUGGCAGCUCCAUCGUCAAUGUCUCCUCGAUUGCGGCGUCCCGCAGCUUUGCCGGCCACACCGCCUACAGCGCGACCAAAGCGGCAUUGGACUCGCUGACCAAAUCGUUGGCCCUGGAGCUAGGCGAACGUCAGAUACGCGUCAAUUCGGUCAAUCCCACCGUGGUGCUGACCAAAAUGGGCCGUGACAAUUGGUCCGAUCCGGCCAAGAGUGGGCCACUGCUGGCCCAUAUACCGCUGCAUCGCUUCUGUGAGGUGCAGGAGGUGGUCGAUGCCAUUGGCUAUCUGCUGAGCAGCAAGUCCAGCUUUGUGAAUGGCCACCACAUCAAUCUGGAGGGCGGCUACUCAGUCUCCUAAACACACACACAUACACAGGCAAAUACACACAUACACAGAGAUACACAAACAAUAUUUCAAUCAAUAAAAGCAUUUAAUAUUACAUUUUUCGUUUUCAUUUUUAUAAUUUUUGUUUUUGUUAUGUAUAUUUGUUGUAUGUUAUUAAAAUGGCCUGGGAUACCGAUUGGGGCCAUUCAAAUGCUGUAUAACUGUUUCCAUUACAGAAGACAAAAAAAAAAUUGCUACAUAUAUAUAUAUAUAU